AAUAUAAUUGAAGAAUUAGGGGGGAAAAUUCUAGGGUUUCUCAUUUCCCCCUUUUCUUCUCAAUCGUUCCUUUUCUUCUCAAUCUUCUUCUCAAUCACCCUUUUCUUUUCAAUCAUUCCAUCCAUCUUCAUCCUUUCCUUCAAUCGUCGUUCCUUUUCUACCGUGAAUCUACCUUCAAUCGCCCUUCCUUGUCUUCUUCAUUCUGUUCUUGCUACUCGACCUUGUUCUUCAGUUUUCAUCGACCAGAAAUGUCAAGUAGCAGAGGUGGGUAUUCAGGAAGUAGAGGGUCACAGUCGUAUUCAAUCUCAAGAAAUGGAGCAAGUCACAGUCAAGGUUGUCGUCGCAGUCACUGUCGUAUAUUGGAAAAUGAGGUUGAUUCGUUGUCAGUUAUGCUACCAGCUUGUGACUGCACUUUACCAAUGAAGGCUUACAUUGCCAUCACUGACGCGAAUCAAGGUCGGAUGUUUUGGAGGUGUCGUAACUGGAACAACAAGACUAUGUGUACCUGCAAUUUGUACAUCUGGGACGAUGAUAUUAUACCUGGUGUUACAUCAAUGAUCAAAGUUACACCUGCAAUAGAUAGGUCAAUGGAUGGAAGGAAAAAUCAAGUUUGCAACAAAUGUGAAAACAUUGAUGAAGUCAUGAAGGCAUUCGAGUCGAAUGAAAUUGCGAAAUGGAAGACAAAAUAUGAGGAUGAGAAUAAGAAGGUUAAAUGGAUGUCAUUGAUCACGAUCAUUAGCUGGGUUUUCUUUGUAUGGUUUGAAAAAAUUUAGGUGGUUGUUUGGGUUAAGUUGGUUGUCUUUGUUUAGGUUGUUAAGAAGUUAUCUUAGUUUGUUUGUAAUUUGAUGUUUUAGUAUCUUGAUGUUUAAGUAUCUUUAUGUUUAAGUA